AUGGGAUCCGAAAAGCAACAGGGUCGGCCCAGGACCUUCUCACGUCCUACUCACAUCACCCACGAUGCCGCGAGGAGCCUGCUGAAUGGGUUCAAUGUCAAUGACGACGAGACAUUGGACUUCCUGGCCGGUCUCGUAGCGUCCGGGACGGCGUGUUCCGAAGUUGUCGAUGACCUGUAUGAAGCUGGCUUGAUGGCGCCAGCUGAGGAUUGGGACUUUAUGCUGCAGUGCGCUGCUUCGCAUGUGCAACUUCAUAACGAAAAGGAGACUCGGGAUAGAUACACAACAUCUUCGGAAGCAAUGUUGAGCUGCUUGAACAGCCUGCUUGGUUACAGCAGUUUUGAAUCUCUAGAGUUGACAUAUCCCAGCGACGUGAAAGAGUCGGAGAGUCGACCUCCAAGUCAUCCAGUCAAGCAGUCAAGGAGAAGGAGUCCUGUCAAGUCUCCUUUUUGGCUCGAUGGGUGUUCUAAUCCGGGAACUUUGCCCCAGAGUCAGAGUCGGGUGAAGAAGCCUCUGGUCGCUACCGCACCGGGAGAAAAGCUGCAACCUAAAGCUCUUCCGCAAAAUAAUCCAUCUGAAUCAAGGACACAAAUUCAGCAGCAUUCAGGCACAGCAAAAGCUCCCACACUUCCACCGCCAGCGCCAGCGCCAUCAAAAGCACCUCUUAAAGCCAAAUCGGGAUUGACAUCUGGCUACUUCGACGACUCACCACCGAGGUCAUCGCCAGGCAAACGAGGCGUCGCCAUCUCCGGCCUACCCUUCCCACCCCUCACAUCACCAAAAUUUGGUCUCAUCCAAGAGGAGCUGGCGCACUCGCCGUUCGAACUCCUCAUCGCCGUCCGUCUUCUCAUCAAAACCGCCGGAAAGGCCGCCAUUCCGACGUUCCGCCGGCUCGUGGCCAGGUACCCGACCCCGGAGGCAUUCGCGACCGCCGAUCCGAAUCAGCUGCUCGAAAUGAUCCGCCAUCUUGGCCUGGGCGUUGUCAGGCGCGAGGCCAUGCUGCGAUACGCCAGGAUCUGGGUGGAGCGUCCGCCGCGGAGGGAGGUGCGGUACGGCGUGAAGAACUACCCGCGGCCAGGGGAUGCGGCCGACGUCAAGGCUGGGGAGGAGUUUGGGCCCGAGGAGGAAGAUGGGGAUGUGGGAGGUAAGAUGGUUCGGCGCGGGCUCGGGUCGGCGUGGGAGAUUGGUCACAUCACACAUGGCCCGUAUGCUAUAGAUUCGUGGCGGAUCUUCUGCAGGGACGAGCUCCUCGGUCGAGGAGAAGGCAAGGGAAACUGUAAAGGUGGACAGUUUCAACCCGAGUGGAUGCGAGUGCUGCCACUAGACAAGGAGCUGCGGGCGUAUCUACGGUGGAUGUGGAUGCGUGAGGGUUGGGAUUGGGACCCUGUCACUGGCGAGAGGGAUGUUUUGUCUGAUGAGCUGAGGCGCGCAGUCAAUGGAGGUCGAGUUGGGUAUGAUGACUCUGGCCAGUUGCGAAUUGUUGAGAGUGAGGUAGCGACGGUAGAGGGUGCAAAUAAAUGA